AUGGGGUUCUACGGAUCUAGCAAAGGCCGCCGCCGGCCAUUGACUCGCUUGGGAUUACUUACAAUUGCGGGCGCAUUUUUUAUUGUCGCCAUCGGACUCGGGGUCGGCCUGGGCGUCGGCUUGACGCAGCGAGACAGUCACGGGGCCUCUCACCAAGACAGCUCCAGCCCAGGCUCUUCCGGCACCGGCGUUGUCCCCAAAGGCCUUCCAAGCGGUCCCAAUCGAACAUCUACGUGGCAGCCCAGCGUCAAUGCGACAUGGCAAAUCGUGCUCCAGGACGCCAUCGAGCUCGACAACACGACCACGACCCCAGAUCCGGACGUCAGCAUCUUCGACCUGGACCUCUUUGACAACAACGCAACGACGUUUGAGACGCUGCAGCGCGAUGGGAAGAAGGUCAUCUGCUACUUCAGCGCGGGCUCGUACGAGGACUUCAGGCCCGACAAAGACCGCUUCAACGAGUCGGAUCUGGGCAAGCCUCUCGACGGAUGGCCCGGCGAGCGGUGGUUGAACCUUAGCAGCCCAAAUGUCCGCAGCAUUAUGAAAGAUCGUAUCGCGCUUGCGUGGUCCAAGGGCUGUGAUGCAAUCGACCCCGACAACGUCGAUGGUUAUCAAAACGACAAUGGGCUGAAUCUGACGCAACAAGAUUCCAUAGACUUUCUCCAGUUUCUACAUGGCGUGGCCAGCUCAUACCAAAUGGCCAUAGGCCUGAAAAACGCCGGCGACAUCAUUCCCAACGUGCUCGACUUCGUCAACUUUUCUGUCAACGAGCAGUGCGCCGAAUACUCCGAAUGCACGACCUUUGAGCCUUUCAUCAAGGCCGGCAAGCCCGUCUUCCACAUUGAAUAUCCAAAUGGCGCUCCAAACAUUGACCCCUCGCGGGCAGCCGAUCUUUGCUCACAUUCAGGCAUCGGGGCCGGAUCUGCCAACUUCAGCACGGUGCUGAAGAAGAUGAAUUUGGACGGGUUUGUGCAGUACUGUGAUGGCAAGCAGUACAAUACCCCGUUGGCAUAA